AUGAUCCAUUCAGAUUUGUCAAAAGAUAUCAUCAUAACUCCAUAUGGAGCAAGCAAGGAGAAGAUAGCAUAUCCAAAUCUUAAUAAACAACGUGAAGAGGUAUCAAAGAAAAAAUCCCCGCCGCUAGCAAAGAAAUCGUCUUCAGUCCCAACCGCAGAUUGUAGCAAAUCUAAAUCUGAACAAAGAUUACCUAAGCCUCCACCGGCCAAGGUGACGCGAGCGAAACGAAAGAAAAUGCUCAAGCUGGAUAUAACUCAAGAAAGCACUGAAUUAGCAGAAAAAGAAGAAGAUGAGGAGGACCCUUUCGCAUCUGGAGAACACCAGGAUGGAAGCGGGUCAGCCAGUGAGGAACUGAUCGUACUAGUUGAUAGAAUGAUACCGGUAAUGUAUGAUUCCUUCCAUGAAAGGCAAACGAGUGGACAAUUUGUAGGAGAGACAAGAAUCUAA